AAAACCCAGAGCAACCAGAUGAAGAAUCUCAAUCUGUGUCUGUCCAACGAUCAGGACACACUGCUGUGCUCACCUAGUGUGCGUGAAAUGCCGGAGCCUGCUUUCGCGCAGCUCUUGGCCUUCCCCUUGACAGCUGACAUCAUCUGGGAGAACGCCCCGCUCUCAAAGAGUGUCAAACCUUCUGACACUGACACUGACACUAGCAGUGUCAAAAGUUCUGACACUGCUGACACCCAAACGUCACUCACCUCUGUGGGAAAGUCACGGGCGGCUCACUCAAAGCACUUGUACUACGACUAA